CUAGUAUUAUCGGUACCCCGAAUUAGGUGUGCUCCACACUUAACCUAAUCCACCUACAGAAGGAGCCCACCUCAAAACGUCAACCUUCCACCACCAGCUGCACCUGGAAAUCUUUAAUAAAACGUUCAAGGUUAGGUACCUAACUUAGAACAUUUUUCAUACCUCACCAUAUAUCAGAGUGCAAACAAUCCUCAGCGAAACCAUGUCGAAUCUCCAGCCCGCAAAGGGCAAUGGAAAAGAUCAGCCAGGGCUACGGUACCCGACGAACGGCAAGACAAUCUACCACCGACCGCUCAACCGCACCAAAACCUCCGAACUUAGCGGCUCUAGCUUCGCCUACCUCUUCUCAGAGAUGGUAGGCUACGCAUCCAAGAAGAUAGAAAGCAUCCAGGACUUAGAAAAGCGGCUCAACGCGCAAGGCCACCCGAUCGGCCUCAAGCUCCUCGACCUACUUCUAUACCGCGAGCCGCCGCGGUCGCAGACACGGCCCUUGAACAUCAUCACGCUACUACAUUUCAUCAAGAUCAACGUGUGGCAACACCUGUUCGGGCGGGCGGCUGACGGCCUCGAGAAGUCGUCCGACCCCACCAAGCCGGACGAGUACAUGAUCAUCGACAACGAGCCGCUCGUCAACCGCUACAUCAGCGUGCCGAAAGACAUGAGCCAACUCAACUGCGCCGCCUACGUCGCGGGUAUUAUCGAGGGCGUGUGCGACGGCUCCGCUUUCCCCGCCAGAGUCACAGCGCAUAGUGUUGGUAAGCAGGAGGAGGGCGAGAUGUGGCCCGGUCGGACGGUCUUCUUAGUUAAAUUCGCGCCAGAGGUUAUGGAGAGGGAAGGGUUCCUAGGAAAGGGUUAAAUCAUUAAAUCUGACACGGAGGAUAAAACAUUGAAGCAUAGUCUUUAUAGCAUUGCAUGGCGUUCGGAACGGAUGACGGGAGAUGUUUGGGCAGAUUCAUAUUUCACACAGAGGCGCGAUAUCACGAGAUAGAGACGAGGAG